CGCGCCCGUCGCCUUGACGACGCGGCGGGAUGGCGCGGAGGCCCGGCGCCCUGCCUCUGAGCCCCCUGCAGCUGGAGGAGCUGCGCCGUUGCAAGAUUCAGACCCGGAUCGCUAACGAAAAGUACCUGAGGACCCACAGAGAAGUGGAGUUGCUCGUCAGUGGUUUCUUCAGGGAAAUCCUGUUGCAAAGACCAGACAACAUCCUUGAUUUUGCUACCGAAUAUUUCGUGGAUCCAGCACUUCCCGACAAGAUUCACAUGCAGCUCACUAAGGAGAAGAAAACGGCUUAAUUAGCAGAAUCCUGAUGUUCAGCUGUUGAGGGCCUGCAGCCGGCC